AUGGUUGAGGUUGGUGCUGUGCAAGUGAGCAAGCAGGAGUCGUACUUAGAAGCACCGAACUCUGUUGGUCCACGCAUUCCAAAAGGAGGAAUUUUGGCCUCAAAGACCUACCACAAAGACUGGUCUCCAAUUGUAUUCUCCCAUCGCUCGAAAGUUCCCCGAGGUUUCUCACGCCUUCUUCGAUUAUCUCCACACGCACCGCAAACCCACAAGUGGCUUCAGUAUGAAGAACUGAAAUAUUGGAGAGAACUAAAGAAAAAAGGCGAAAUAACCAUAAAGCAUAAGCUAAUCAAUCCGCUUGAGGUGCGCCAACACGCUCACUUCAACCCCGAAACGUUCAAGGUUUACGAACUCGGGUCUGGCCUAUGUAAUGACUUGCAGGAGAUAGCCGGUGUACUAAGUCAGUGCUUUAACAUCCCAGACAACACCAAACCAUCGAACCAUUGA